AUGGCCUCUACAAUGAUGGCGACGAUGUGCAUCGCUAUCCUGGCUCUACUGUGGAAACCUUUGCGAGGGCUCUAUCGUACUUUCCUAUCCCCUCUCUUGUCACCUCUUCGAGCUGUUCCUGGUCCUCCCCCGCAGAACUGGUUGUACGGCACAGUCAAGCUGUCGCGUAAACUGGGUCAGUCCGCUGCGCGAGCCCAGUGGGUGCAAGAAUAUGGGCCUGUUCUCGCAGAUUGGUCAUUCUUUGGGAGACAGCGACUGAUUCUUGCGGACAAUCGCAGCAUAGGGCAUGUACUCACCAACUCGGUGGACUACCAUAAGCCACAGUUGGGCAGAUUCUUUAUCAGUCAGAUCUUCGGUGAAGGUCUCCUAUCCGUUGAAGGGCACGAGCAUAAGCGCCAGCGUCGAGUUCUGAACCCUGCAUUCGGACCCGCUCACAUUCGCGAGCUUCUGCCCAUCUUCUUCGAAAAAUCGUUUCAGCUUCGCGAUACCUGGAAAGGGAAGAUUGCCGAGAGUGGUUCGGCUCGCAUCCUCGUCGACGUAUUGGGAAAUCUUCAGUUGACUACGCUUGAUAUCAUUGGCUCGGCUGGCUUCGGGCUCUCCUUUGACGCCCUGCAGACCGACGAAGAGACGAAGGAGUUGACCGAUGCUCUUCGUACGCUGACCAGCAGCGACGCGCCAGGUGUUAUGGCGGUUCUACAAGCCAUAGUUCCACCUCUCCGACACAUCGUAAGUCUCCUCGUAUCGAUUGGCGUGCAAUUGUACUCAUGGUUGACUACGGCCCACCCCGUGGACGCGACGCAUCGCGAGGGCUCGAGCGGUGUUGAACCGCAUCGGAGGCGAGAUGACGUGCAAGGCAAGGAUAUCUUGAGUGUACUGGUGCGCGCAAACCUGGCUACCGAUCUCUCCGAGAAUGAACGAUUGUCGGACGAUGCUAUUCUCGCCCAAAUCCCGACGUUUCUCCUUGCGGGCCACGAGACGACUAGCUCCGCAGUCGCUUGGGGGCUACAUUCACUUUCUAACGACCAGACGAUACAGGAUAAGCUCCGCACGGAGCUUCGCGAUUGUAUUCAAGCGCACGGGCCCACGCCAUCUUCAGAAGUACUCAACUCUCUGCCUUACCUGGAGAGGUUUGUGCGCGAAGUCAUGCGUUUGCAUAGCCCUGUUACAUCUGCUUCACGAGUUGCUACGAAGGACGACGUCAUCCCUACCGCCGACGAUUGGGUCGACAUUCAUGGAGUCAAACGUUCAGGUGUCCCGGUCGUUGAGGGCGAUACUGUCCUGCUACCGAUAGAAAUCAUCAAUCACUCGGUCGCCAUCUGGGGACCCGAUGCCAUGGACUUCCGGCCCGAGCGCUGGGAGAAUCCCCCAAAGGCCGCAUCUGCCAUACCGGGGGUAUGGGGGAACAGCUUGUCCUUCCUCGGAGGUCCUCAUGCUUGCAUAGGGUUUAGAUUCUCUCUCCUAGAAAUGAAGGCGCUCUUCUUCACCCUGGUCUCGACUCUCCGGUUCCAGAACGCUGUCGCUCCUGAGAAGGUUUAUCGGAGCCUUCUCAUCGUCGCUAGACCGGCUAUUAAGGGUGAAGAGGACAAGGGAGCACGUCUGCCGGUGUUUGUUUCUCUCGUAGAUGAGGAGGUCGAGUGA